AUGGUGACGGAAGUUACGGAGACGGAGCGAUGGUGCGUCGUUACCGGCGGUAGAGGAUUCGCCGCAAGGCAUCUUGUUGAGAUGCUCGUACGCUACGAGAUGUUUCACGUCCGCAUCGCCGAUUUAGCUCCGGCGAUACAGCUCGAGCCUCACGAGGAGACUGGAAUUCUCGGCGGAGCAAUGAGAUCCGGUCGAGUUCAGUACGUCUCCGCUGAUCUCCGGAAUCAAUCUCAAGUUGUCAAAGCUUUUCAGGGAGCAGAAGUGGUAUUUCACAUGGCAGCUCCAGAUUCAUCAAUCAACAAUCACCAGCUUCACUACUCAGUUAAUGUUCAAGGGACGACGAAUGUAAUCGAUGCUUGUGUUGAGGUUGGAGUAAAGAGGCUAAUCUACACUAGCUCUCCGAGUGUAGUGUUCGACGGGGUCACUGGUAUUUCGAAUGCCAAUGAAACGAUGCCGUACCCAUCCAAGCACAAUGACUCAUAUUCAGCUACUAAAGCUGAAGGGGAAGCUUUGGUCAUGAAAGCCAAUGGAAGAAAUGGACUACUCACUUGUUGCAUACGUCCUAGCAGUAUAUUUGGUCCCGGUGAUAGAUUAUUGGUUCCGUCGCUUGUAGCUGCUGCCAGGGCUGGGAAAUCCAAGUUCAUUAUAGGUGAUGGGAGUAACCUCUAUGAUUUCACUUAUGUUGAAAAUGUUGUGCAUGCCCAUGUCUGUGCUGAGCGAGCUCUAGCAUCAGGAGGAGAAGUUUGUGCAAAAGCUGCAGGACAGGCAUACUUCAUUACCAACACGGAGCCAAUUAAAUUUUGGGAGUUUAUGUCACAGCUUCUUGAAGGACUCGGCUAUGAGAGGCCUAGUAUAAAGAUACCUGCAAUUGUGAUGAUGCCAAUAGCACACCUUGUGGAGCUGGUAUACAAAUUACUAGGACCAUAUGGGAUGAAAGUACCACAGCUAACACCUUCUAGAGUUAGACUGCUCUCUUGCAACAGAACUUUUGAUUCUUCAAAAGCAAAAGAUCGUUUAGGCUACGCUCCCAUUGUGCCUCUUCAGGAAGGUAUAAAGAGGACAAUAGACUCGUUCUCAGACUUGAAAGCUCAGAACCAACCCGAGAAAGAGGUUACUGAUUCGGUUCAAUGGAAAAAGCAGACACUCAUUGCCAUAGUCAUUCUGAUUACUCUCUAUCAUAACUUUGUUGCAACGACCGGAUCUUCGGUCGUAAUAACUGCACUUUCCAAGGUUUUGUUGGUUGCAUCGAUUUUUACGUUCGUCAAUGGCAUUCUACCAGAGAAAAUGAAAUUGUUGGGGAGCAAGAAGAAGGACUAA